UGCCUCGUGUCGUCCAGUCCCCGAAGGGAGCCACACCACCACCAACGACCCCACACAACACACCACACAGCACACCAACGCAGCACACCUGCGCGCAGAGAGAGAGACGCGCUUUAAAAGCAAGAGCCACUCAAGACCCUCCGCCUCUCUCAGUUCUCAUCUUUGAAACGAGGAGCGCUUUAGGAGUUAUUCGCCAACAAUUAUCAUUAGUUGUCUCUCUCUCUCUCUGUCUCUCUCGAUGUUUUAGUUUCACACGCACAGACACAGUUUCACACGCGCAGUUUCACACACACACACACGCACAGUUUCACACAUUCACACACAGUUUCACACACACACACACAGUUUCACACACACACACACAGUUUCACACGCAGUUUUACACACACAGAUUCACACGCGCAGUUUCACACACACAGUUUCACACACACACACAGUUUCACACACACACAGUUUCACACGCAGUUUGACACACACAGAUUCACACACACACAGUUUCACACACGCAGUUUCACACACACACAAACACAGUUUCACACACACACGCACAGUUUCCCGGGGUCUGUUGAUGUGCCUCCUCGUUCGACCGACGGUUCGGACUCGGGCCCCAUUUUUCGAGCCGUGAAGCGACCUGCGGGGAGGGGGGGGGGCUGCGUCCUGUGGCCAUGUCCAUCGCGGGCGCGCUGCGGGCCACGUGCGUGGCUCACCUGCUGCUGGCCGUGGCGCACGGUGGUGGCGGAGGUGGAGGCGGCGUCGUGGCGGCGUCGGCGGCGGCUGCUUGCAACCGCACUUGGCAAUACCGGCGAGACGGCGGCGCCUGCUGUAGCAAGUGCACCCCAGGGCACUACCUUUCCGCCAGGUGCACAGCAGACGCGCCCAGCCGCUGCGAUCCGUGCCCUCAGGGCACCUUCACCGCGGACCUGAACACGCAGCAGAGAUGCACACCUUGUGGGCAGUGCAACACAGGACUGGGACAAGUGUCUCUGACUCGCUGCACCUCGACACGGGACGAGGUGUGCGGCUGCCUUCCCGGCUCGCACCCUUCUCGUGAGCACGACUACGGCUCCGUGUUCCGCUGCUGCCGGAACUGCCCGCGUGGCCUUGGGUCCCUGGCCCAAUGUGACCUCGUGACGGACGUGGCCUGCAUGCCGUGCCCCCCCGGUUUCCAUAGCGAUGGCUCGGGUGGGCAGUGCCGACCCUGCACCAGGUGUCCCGGAGCUGAGCUCACCUCGUGCUCUGCCACCAACGACGCCGUCUGCCUUUGGGAAGUGAAACUCGCUCCAGCCCCCAACAGGCUGACGGUGGAGGCGAUGGCAAGUUCGGCGAUCGGCGCCAUCUUUGGCCUGCUCCUCGUCGCCACCCUGCGCGUCGCUCUCCGCGCUUGGAAGCAGAAACAUCGGCGUCGACCCCUAACUCGCAUUCGUUGACUUGCGAAACGGGGGGCACGCGUGCAUCACAGUGGCUGGGAAACGUUAACUACCUCGCCUGGUAUACAGGGCGUCGUGGGUUCGAUCCCCGACCCUGACGAUGCCUGCUGCUGAAUAUUUGUAGUCUGCGUCUCUCUCUCAUCAUCAUCAUCACGGUGGCUAGGAGAUGUUAACUACCUCGACUGGUACACAGGAGGUCGUGGGUUCGAUCACGACCCUGAUGAUGCCUGCUGCUGUAUAUUUGGAGUAUAUGUCUCUCUCUCUCUCAUCAUCAUCACGGUGGCUAGGAGAUGUUAACUACCUCGCCUGGUACACAGGACGUUGUGGGUUCCAUUCCCGACCCUGACGAUGCCUGCUGCUGUAUAUUUGGAGUUUGUAUGUCUCUCUCAUCAUCAUCACGGUGGCUAGGAGAUGUUAACUACCUCGCCUGGUAUACAGGAGGUUGUGGGUUCCAUUCCCGACCCUGACGAUGCCUGCUGUUGUACAUUUGGAGUCUGCGUCUCUCUCUCCGUGGUGGUGGCGUGAAUUUUUCUCCGGGUCCUCCGGGGUUCUUCUCCACAUUUAGAAUCAACGUCACCGUGCGUUCAGAGUGUUUGGCUGCUGCUAUACAUUUCCACACGAUGAUGAUGACGAUAAGCCACCUCAUUGGGCAGCUAUCAUUGGCGAUAGUCAGGGUCGCCUCUGAAAAAAGAGCUCCUACACGGCAGCUCAGUGGGGCCUAACACACCUGAUAACAAUAAACUCGAAAUCGAUUUGUUUUAGUUGAUGAAUAUUUGAUCACUAGCUAGUUUGCCCGUCCUAGUAAUAUUUGCGAAAUAAUUGUCCAGGGUAUAAUUGUAUCUUGUGUCAAUUUAAUGGCAGUGAAGCAUGCACGAAAGUAUGUCAUCAAACACUUCACUGCAGUUCACUGUAGCGCUAUAUUAAUGGCAGUGAUUCUUGCACGAAACUACGUGAUAAAAAAAACCUCACUUCAUGUCACUGUAGCACUGUAUAUAACCUUCAAUUUGUUCAAAUUCACUGCUCUGAUACUUUAUUCUCUUCUGCUUUCGGUCGCUGGGGUUGACAUAAAUUUGAAUUCGAUACAAUAUCUGGAAAAUAACCGAGAAAUUGCUAUUUUACCAUAAUGUAGAAGCAUAAAUUAGACUAACCUUUUGUCUAAAGUGCUGACGAAAUAAAUAAAGACACCAAAUCCACUUUGUUGCUGCGUAGAAUUAUUAAUUAGAUUCACUUUCAAUAAAGAAAUGUGGAGGGACGUCACGCGCGUUACACACACAGAUAUUCUUGGCUCAAUCUUGAUUUGAAGCUUUCGUGACUGCAGGAAUCCAUACUCUUUGGGUCUUUCGGUAAAGUCACACAGGUAUAAAAUCAAAUAAAUCACAUUUUAUUUUAUACCUGUGUGACUUUACCGAAAGAACCAAAGAGUAUUCUUGGCUCAUCAUAGUAGGUGAUGGUCCCGCGGCGCAACGAAUACGUCUGGCCAUCUAAGUUGUCAUCGCACGAGCUUGGACCCACCCGCAGAUUCGUCUGCUUCUGUCCCCUCCCACUCGCUGCGCUCUCGACCUUCUCCGACUCCUCGCCGUUCCCACCCCGUCCACUCUCCUUGUGCGCAACCCACCGCUUCCGCUACGUUUCCCGACUUUGCCACCGCUGCAACUGCAACGAACUUCCCCUCCACGUGAAGCGAGAGGCGACCCUCUCUCCCCUCAAGACCCCCACACCUCUUCUCCCUGGCCCCAUCCUUCCCCUCCAUCCCCUAGGUACCCACCGCAAUUCCCGUUCCCACUUCAAUCUUCCUCUCCAUACCCCCAUCCCUAAUACCCCUCCCCUAGUUUCCCCUCCAGCUCUCACAUGCCACUACAUCACUUUUAGCGAACUGAUUUACACCAUUUAUAAACAUACUCUUUGUUUUUUUUGGUAAAGUCAAAUAAAAUAAAUCACGACGCAGUUUCACUGCUGGCAGGGGCGGUUUCUUCAUUAGGGCGAUUGGGCGACGCACCACCAAUGUCAUUCAACCACAGAGUCACGCUAGCCGUCACUGUCAGCCUCUGGAUAUAGUCCAAUCAGCGUCAUGUCACGUUCUGUGGAGUACCGCCUCUUUUGGGGCGAUUUCACUCCGGCUGAGAAUCGCCCCGAGUGGCCCCAUAGACUUACAUUGAAAGAUGUUUUUUUUCGAACGGGGCGCUCCAAUGCAUUCUCUAUGGCUACCGGGAGGGCAAGCCCUAACGUGCUUACGUCAUCAUACGUGCUAACGUCAUCAUACGUAAGCACGUUUCAUCCAACAAUAUAAUUUAUCGCUACCUAGUGGAAUCUUUAAUAAAAUAAACUUGAGUGGUUUGUUUUAAUAGUGAGUAUAUAAACAAACAAGAUGUAUUGUAAGAGUCACUUUAUUUUUCAUUAAUAUUAAAGAAGUGAAGUUGCCUUUACAUGCUUGAGCUGUUAAUUUAUUAAUUGCAUGGGUGGACCUUAUCCUUAUCAAUCAUCCAGACAUUUGCCCCCCCUGAGAGAUUUUGCAGGAGCCGCCACUGACUGCUGGAUUAUAUUUUUUCCGCCUGAGGACGACCGCUUGUGUUGCGAUCGAAACGUCGUGAUUUAUUUUAUUUUCUACCUACGUGACUUUACCGAAAGAACCAAAGAGUAACGAUUCCUGCAGUCACGAAAGCUUCAAAUCACCAUUUAUAACUCUUGCAAAGCGCCUUGGAUACGAGGCACUACGUGAAUAAGAUAAGGUGAGUUGGCAGGGAGGGAGGGAGGGAAGGGGGUUCAUUGCCCCGUAAGAACGGCCAGUUCACCAGCAUCGAUUCGAGAUCGAGCCUCGCGAGAGACGCGUGAGCGUCGAAGCCGCUAACCGGAGUUGGUUCCUUGGUCGUGAGUCGACGCGUGCCGACAUUGCGCACUGACCGGAUGGUUGCGGAGGCUUGCGGGGUUUUGUGUGGGGCAAUGCUUUUUGUUGUUGUUUUGUUCACGCGGAGAGACGGAAGACACGCGGAUUUUUUUUGUUGUCUAUUUUUUUGUUCUCGAUUUGAAGCUUUCGUGACUGCAAGGAUUCAUACUCUUAGGUUUUUUUCGGUAAAGUCACGUAGGUAAAAAAAUAG